AUGCCAGCGAGCAGCUCAGCGACGACGCCCUCAGACGACUCGGGCGACGACAACUCCGCUCCGCCGGAGCCCAAGCGCCGCGACAUGACCUCGCCCGAGCCUCAGCAGGACUACCACGCCCACCUCAAUGACGACCCCCCGCCCCCGCCCAUACCC